CUCGGCGGCACACCUCUGAUUCCAAGAUGCUGGUUACCUCAGGCUUCGCUCGAGCCCUGCAGGAAGCGGCCCCCAGCCUGUCGAAGCGGUUCUUCGACUGUAGCAACCGCCGGAGCGGCACCAUACUGAGCCGGGUACAACCUCUUGCUUCGAAGUCCACUUCGCGAACUGCCUGUACAGUACAGACUCGAGAUGUUGGUGCCAAGUGGACCAGCUCGACUCGACGAUAUGAGCCACGGUUAAUUUGUCAGUCACGCGCCGGGUCGAAUGCACAGAAUCGCCUCGCACGCGCCUUCUCAGCGUCUGCAAUAUCAAGAGCUACACAGACCGCAAGCGAGUCUACGCAGUCUAGUACAGGCAAUGAAGAGACAGGAAACAAGAGCCAGAAACAGAAUUCAUCCUUCCCGGACACAUCAUCGAAUGUCGUUGCAUACUGGCUCCUCGGCAGCGCCGCCAGCGUUUUUGGCAUCGUCGUCUUCGGCGGGCUCACGCGGCUCACUGAAUCAGGAUUGAGCAUAACAGAAUGGAAACCUGUCACCGGCUCCCUUCCACCCAUGUCCGACGCCGACUGGGAGUCCGAGUUCGCCAAAUACCGCUCCUCUCCCGAGUUCAAGAUGCUCAAUUCGCGCAUGACGCUCGAAGAGUUCAAAAGCAUAUACUGGAUGGAAUGGAUUCACCGGCUCUGGGGAAGGUUCAUUGGCCUGUCUUUUGUCCUGCCCGCCGCAUAUUUCGUCGCCCGAAGACAGGUCUCUCGACCCAUGGCCGUUAGAUUACUCGGCAUCGCCGGACUGAUCGGCUUCCAAGGGUUUAUAGGCUGGUGGAUGGUCAAAUCAGGAUUGAAGGACGACCUGUUCUCGCCCGGAAGUCACCCCCGUGUGUCGCAGUACAGACUUACGGCGCACUUAGGGGCGGCUUUUGUGUGUUAUCUCGCGAUGCUGUGGAAUGGCUUGGACAUACUGCGCACGAACAAAGUGAUUAGGACGGCCUCCGCAGCACCGGAAAAGGCAGCGAGUAUUCUGGCCGCGCUCAGGAACCCCGCUUUGAAGCCGUUCAAGAGAUCUGUGGGAUUACUAGCCCUCCUGGUGUUUGUGACAGCUAUGUCAGGCGGUCUCGUCGCCGGGUUGGAUGCUGGCUUGAUAUAUAAUGAGUUCCCCUACAUGGGCUUAGGACUCACGCCGCCGAAAAGUGAACUGUGGGAUAAAUUCUACAGUCGCGCCGAGGACGGGAGCGAUCUGUGGUGGCGCAAUAUGCUGGAGAACCCGAGCCUGGUGCAGUUGGACCACCGCAUUCUCGCGACGACAACGUUCACGGCUGUUAUGGCGCUGUGGGCGUUCAGCAGGACCGCGGCGAUGCAGAAGGUCCUGCCUGCAGCGGCGAAGAAGGGCGUGCAUGGAGUCGUCGGGUUCGUGUGGUUACAGGUGAUUCUGGGCAUAAGCACGCUGCUGUACCUUGUCCCGACACACCUGGCGAGCGCGCAUCAGGCGGGCAGUCUGGCUCUGUUGACGUGGACGGUUGUGUUGGGGAGUCGGGUAUGGUUUCCUACGCAGGCGGCAAGGAUACUGGCGCAACGGGCGCAGGCCGGUGUUGCCAGUGCGAAGGGCCGAGCACAGGUGGAGGCGAUGAGUGGGAUGGCGAAACAAAAUCAGGCCCAGAUGGGCACUGGGACGGUGCUGGCGGCGAGUGUGAUGCCUGCUGUUGCGGCUAUGGGGUUGAUGUUCAGUGGAGAGGCCGAGAGUGGGUUGAGAGAACAGCUCCUGGCUGGAAAAAGAGAGCAGGUCGAGGCUGAGACGGUGGGCUAAUCUAAUUGAUGGCCCUGGUCGUUGUACAAUAUAUCAUGCUUGUAUAGACGCACAUGGGGCGAGCAACUGUAUAAAACAGGUCAGACCUCGAGUCCGUGGCACGGUUUGACCGGGCCGGUAGGCCCAACUCAACUCUUCUGAAGGCGCGAUGCGCAUCCGCUAUUUUGCUUUCUUGAUGAGGC